AUGGAUUUGCAGUAUUUUCUGGUCGUAUUGGCAUUACUGCUCUGCGAGUGCGCGGGAGGAGUGCUUGCAGCGAUGUGGCCGCGAUGCGAGGGCCUACAAAGCGCUAGAGGAGGAGCCGUUGGCGCUCUGCAAGCCUAUUACGCGGUCUCUGAUUACGAGGAAUUCACAGCUGCGGUAGACCUCGCUCAGACGCAGUUACGUUGCUGCGGAAUGAGUGAUGCCCGCAACUACGACAUGUCGGUGUGGCAGCUGCGGCGGCUCGGGCCCCGCGGCCUGUCCGUGCCGCUCAGCUGCUGCGUACAGACAGAGGGCGCGUCCUACCUCAACCCGGUGCCGUUGAAUCAGUCGCGCUGUCAAGACAUACAGCCCAAUCCGACAUAUAGACACGCGCCGGUACGUAACCAUAACGUGCUCAGCACA